UUCGGAAUGUGAGCAUUUUUAUACGGUACUCGCAAAGGCAAGCUUGCCUGCAGCACAGUCUGCUGGGCUACAAGCUUUUGGACUGCAAGUUCUUGGUUUUAGUACUGGCAAGUUUCAUGGUGGUAGGAGAGGAUUUAUGUGCUGUGAGGAUGGCAGAGGACUGCAGUGUGGAUUCAGACCUCCCAGACUGCAAUUGCGAUGUCACAAGGGUGAAGAAGUUGAAGGAGACCCUGGUUGCUGUGCAGCAGCUGGAUAAGAACAUGAACAGCUUGAGAUCCUGGCUCGCUCACAUUGAGUCAGAGCUGUCCAAACCCAUUGUCUACGAAACCUGUGAUUCCGAGGAGAUACAAAGGAAGCUGAAUGAGCAGCAGGAACUCCAAAGGGACAUAGAGAAACACAGCACUGGAGUUGCAUCUGUUCUCAACCUGUGUGAGGUGCUGCUCCACGACUGCGAUGCUUGUGCCACAGAAACAGAGUGCGACUCCAUCCAGCAGGCCACCCGGAACCUGGACAGAAGAUGGAGAAACAUCUGUGCAAUGUCAAUGGAAAGACGACUUAAAAUUGAAGAGACGUGGCGACUGUGGCAAAAGUUCUUAGAUGACUAUUCUCGCUUCGAAGACUGGCUGAAAAUUUCAGAGAGGACAGCUGCCUUUCCUAGCUCCUCUGGUGUGGUGUAUACGGUUGCCAAGGAAGAGCUAAAGAAAUUUGAGGCCUUCCAAAGACAAGUGCAUGAAAGUCUGACACAGCUGGAACUGAUUAAUAAACAGUACCGCCGCCUAGCCCGAGAAAACCGCACUGACUCUGCUUGCAGCCUCAAACAGAUGGUCCAUGAAGGGAACCAGAGAUGGGACAACUUACAAAAGCGAGUCACUUCUAUCCUGCGCAGGCUAAAACAUUUUAUUGGCCAGCGCGAGGAGUUUGAGACAUCACGUGACAACAUUCUGGUCUGGCUAACAGAGAUGGAUCUGCAGUUGACCAAUAUUGAACAUUUCUCAGAGUGCGACGUCCAAGCAAAGAUAAAGCAACUCAAGGCUUUCCAGCAAGAGAUCUCCCUGAACAACAAUAAAAUUGAUCAGAUAAUUGUCCAGGGUGAGCAGCUGAUAGAGAAAAGCGAACCCAUAGAUGCAGCUGUCAUUGAAGAAGAACUGGAUGAGCUCCGGCAUUACUGUCAAGAGGUCUUUGGUCGCGUGGAACGCUACCACAAGAAAUUGAUCCGCCUUCCUCUGACAGACGAUGAACAUGACCUCUCUGACCGAGAGGUGGAUCUGGAUGAAUCAGCAGAUCUCUCUGACAUACACUGGCACGACAAAUCUGCAGACAGCAUUCUCUUCCCACACCCCUCCUCCAACCUCUCACUGUCACUUGCCCAACCGAUGAGAAGUGAGCGGUCAGGGCGGGAUACUCCUGCAAGUGUAGAUUCCAUCCCCUUGGAAUGGGAUCAUGACUAUGACCUCAGUCGGGACUUGGAGACAGCCGUUUCGAGGGCACUGCACUUAGAGGAGGAGGAAGGACAAGAAGACAAAGAUUUCUAUCUUAGGGGAGCAGCUAGUAUAGCAGAUGUAGAGAUCCCAGAAAGCCCCGAGGCCUAUGUAAAACUUACUGAAAAUGCACUCAGAAAUAUCUCUGGAGAACCAGGUGCCUUGGAAACACACAUCCGUCAGCUGGACAAGGCCUUAGACACUAGUCGUUUCCAAAUACAGCAAACAGAAAAUAUCAUUCGCAGCAAAACACCCACAGGACCGGAACUAGAUUCCAGUUACAAAGGAUAUAUGAAGCUACUGGGUGAGUGCAGUGGCAGCAUAGACUCAGUCAAAAGGCUUGGUUACAAACUGAAAGAGGAAGAGGAAAAGCUCUCUGGAUUUAUAAACCUGAAUAGUACUGAAACACAAACAGCUGGUGUGAUUGAUCGCUGGGAGUUAAUCCAGGCCCAAGCUCUAAGCAAGGAACUCAGAAUGAAACAGAACCUUCAGCAGUGGCAGCAGUUCAACUCUGACCUGAACAACAUUUGGGUUUGGUUACUGGAGACUGAAGAGGAGCUAGAGAAACUCUGUCAUCUUGAUCUCAGCACCGACAUACAAACCAUUGAGCUCCGAAUUAAAAAACUGAAAGAGUUGCAGAAAGCUGUUGAUAACCGCAAAGCGAUCGUCCUGUCCAUCAACCUGUGCAGCUCCGAAUUCACUCAAUCUGAUAGCGAAGAAAGCAAGAAGCUGCAGGAGCGCCUAUCUCAGAUGAACAUGCGCUGGGAACGUGUAUGCAGUAUGAUUGAAGAAUGGCGUUGCUCACUGCAGGAUGCGCUAAUGCAAUGUCAGGAUUUCCAUGAAAUGAGCCAUGGUUUGCUGCUUUGGUUGGAGAACAUUGACAGAAGGAAAAAUGAGAUCUUGCCUAUUAAUCCAAACCAAGACUUGGACACUCUGCAGGAUCAUCACAGACUGCUAAUGCAAAUCAGACGCGAGUUGCUAGAGUCUCAGCUGAAAGUGGUGUCACUCCAAGAUAUGUCCUGCCAACUGCUGGUCAAUGCUGAAGGCAAGGACUGCCUGGAAGCUAAAGAGAAAGUCCAUGUCAUUGGAAACAGACUCAAGCUCCUACUGAAGGAGGUCACACAUCACAUCAAGGACCUAGAGAAAAUCUUAGACAUCUCAAGCAGUCAACUGGAUUUGUCUUCAUGGUCCUCAGCUGAUGAACUGGACACUUCAGGAUCACUCAGUCCUGUAUCUGGAAGAAGCACACCAAGCAGACAGAGAACGCCACGGGGCAAAUGUAGUGUCUCACAGCCUGGACCCUCUGUCAGCAGUCCACACAGCAGGUCCAUAAGAGGUGGCUCAGAUUCCUCCCAUUCUGAGACACUGGCAGCUCAGCAGCACCCAUCCUUCUUCCUGAGAGUCCUCAGAGCUGCUCUACCACUUCAGCUUCUUCUGCUGCUCUUGAUUGGUCUUGCCUGCCUUGUACCAGUAACUGAGGAGGACUACAGCUGUACCCUAUCAAAUAAUUUUGCCCGGUCCUUCCACCCCAUGUUAAGAUAUACUAAUGGCCCUCCUCCUUUAUGAAGCAGUAGAAAGGCUAUUAAAGUUGGAGAAGCAUGUCAGGAAAUGGGCCUGUUUCAAAUGUCAAUGCACUCAACAUGGCAGCUUUAUCUAUCUAUUGUAGCCAAUGUUCCCAUAUCAUUCUGCUGGCACUAAAUUAAUAAUGUAUCCGUACCAAAAUGUGUAAUGCAUUACGUGAGUAAUAUCCUUUCAAAACUCACAUCCCUGGCACUAAGAAGGCUAUGAAAUAAGUGAGGGAAUUUUCUUUCUAUCCAACAUUCUGGAUCUUCUGGCCACUUUAUAUCUGGGUCACUGCCCUGUGCUGUGCAUAGCCCAAGGACUUUAUACUGUCGAGAGAACCUCUCCUGUGUACGGCUCUGAAUGAGCUGUUAGCCGAUCUUUGUUAAAUAUAUUAUCAGUAUCUAACAGUAUUCAAACGAACCAGUGCUAAGGACAUUUGAAAGACUUUGUAACAUACAUUUUUAAAGAGCUUGUAUGGCAAUGUACUAUUUUUCCUUGGUUUUUGUUUUGGGCGUGGCGUUCUAACCUUUUCUUUGGAUGCACAGGCUGUAAAUCUGAAAGGCACUUUUUUAAGGUUUAAAAAAAUGGAUGUAAUAAAUAAGAUCAUGGAAGGUUUUAUGAGAAAAAAUAUUGAGUAUCAAGUAUAAAAAGGAACCUAUUUAUGUAUGUACAGUUUGCUAAGCCAAGUUUUGUUUGUAAUGAUUUCUUUGCAUUUAUUAUAGAUACCAUACAAUAUUUUGUCUACGUGCUUUUUAAUGACAAUUAUAGAAACCUGUACGUUUAGAAUGAGAAAUGUAUGGUAAAAACAAUUAUAAGAUCAUGUAUAUGCUGCAAUUCUCAAAGAAAAAAGUAAAAUAAAA